UUUAGUGGUCGGUUCCCUUCAGACACAUAGACGCUCAUCUCUAAACUACAGAGCACAGCCCUAGAACACUACCAACAAUGGCCUCCUCCUCUCUUUUGUGGUGUCUGCUGGUUACAUGUGUUCUGGCUGUGGUACAGAUCUAUGGAGAAGAACGUAUGGUCCUCAAGGUGUUCAACCUCCGUGCCACGAAAUUAAACAGUGGCAUGUUCCAGACUCCGGAUGCCUAUGUCAAGGUGUUUAUGGGGUCUGCAUACGGUGGGAAAACGGUGGUAAGAAAUGACAACACUGACCCGUGGUGGGGUGAGGACUUUGCCUUCUUUAACGCGCGUGUGAACAAUGCUCUGAAACUGGAGGUGUACGACAGCGACAUGGUCUUCGACGACCUGCUGGGGACAUGUGAGCGAGCCAUCAAGAACGGAACCUUCCAGCACAGCUGCAAUCUCAAUGAGGGAGGGACUUUGCACUACUCCUACACUCUAGGGCCCACACAGAAGAACUUAGAGGACUUUGAGGCACUUGAGUAGGACCCUCUUCUCAGCUACACUCUUACCAUGCCUAUACGUCAAAGUCUACUAAUGUUCUCCAACUCUGACUAUUAGUUUGUUUAAUUCACCACUUUAGUAACUACUAUUCUAUACUAAUAUACUACUAGCAGUCAUAUAUCUUUCCUAUAAUAAUGUCAGAGAAAAGUCUGGUCACACAACUUUCCUAGGUAAAAAGGCUCAGGUGGAUAUUGUCAUGUGCUAAUAUAGUAACGCAUGUGACCCUGAAAUGUUCAAACUAUUCAAACCCCUCUUGUUAGCAGAUUGAAAAAGGCACACCUUUAAAGUCUUACAAAAUAAAACCUAGAGAGGCUGGAACAUUUAGCAGUUUUGUCACAGAUUUCUUUAAAUUCCAUACAUUAUUUAUGUCACACUCUAUGGGAGUCCUUUAAUACCAGAAUUUUCUAUUUUAAGGUGAUGUGUGUUGAGCCUGUUCUUUGUCCAGAUUCGUCUUGCUGUCAGCCUGCCUAUUGCCCAAUACUGUCUAAAACCACGGCUUCAUUUUAUCUACAGCAUUAUCCUGGAUCAUAUCUUUCCUCUUGUCUACACCUACAAAAAAAAUCUAGGGCCGCAUCUAAUCCCUCAUUAUAGUUUCCGACUAUCCCACACACUGUUAUGUUUAAAUAAUGCUUACUAAACAUAAUGUGGUCCUCAAGGAAUUCUGAUGCAGCAAAUAGCGUGACCCUGUUUUCCAUGGCAUCAAAUGUCAGUGCAGCUGCAUCACUGCAAACUGAAAGAAUAGCAUAUAAAACUGUUCUUCUGUUUGUUUACACUCAGGCAACCAAUGCAAGAGUAUUGUUAUUCAAAUGUAAAAUAUAUAAACAAUGACAACAAAUA